AUGUGUUGUAAGGAAAGUUAUUGGCACAACGUAGCAUUGAAUAUAACAAGGCUACGUGAUGAAGGUCUUUACUGUGAUUUGGAAAUUGUGGUAUGUUUAAAGGGCUUUUAUUUAUAUUUUAACGUUAAUAGUACUGUUGGGGCUUACAAUUGUAGCACUGUAAAGGACGCGUACGUUUUCUGACUUACUAUUCUAUUAUAGUAAUAUAAAGCUACUGUAAGUACUGCAAGGAGGCAUAAUACUAUGAGGUCUUACUAUAGAAAAAAUUGAAAUCAAGGAAUAAAAGAUAUCCUUUUCAGUGUGAAGACCAAGUAUUCAAUGUUCACAAAGUGUUGAUGGCUGCUGGCGUUAGCUAUUUUAGACACAUGCUACGUUCAGGCAUGUUGGAGUCAACUCAUAAUCGAGUGGAAUUGACUGUAAGUUUUUUUUCUAUUUGUUACUGUAGAGAAAGUUAAUGAAUAGAGUAGGGUGAUGUACGGUAGAGUAUAAUAGGGUAGUAGGAGUAGGUCACACUACAGUAGAGUAUAGUGUGAUAUAAUAGAGGUAGGGUAGGCGAGGUGGAGCACAAUGGUGUAGGGCAGUGUAAGGUAAGGUAAGGUAAGGUAAGGUAAGGUAAGGUAAGGUAAGGUAAGGUAAAGCAUGGUACGAUAAGAUAGCAAGUUAUGAACCUGCAGCUUAAACAUUUUCAGAAUGUAACCCCGCGUGCUCUGGCAGCAAUAGUAGACUUUGUCUACACCGGUAUCUCCGCCCUGAACAAUGAGAACGCUGCUGAUAUUCUCCUAGCCGCUAAUUUCUUAAUGGUACGUUUGAAACAAAUUUCAAAACUAUAUUUUGAAAUUUCAAAAACAAAUAAUGUACUUUUCAAUAUGAACUUUGAAUUAUGAUUGAUUUCAGGUCGACGAGCUGCAAGAACGUUGUGUACAUUUCUUUUUGACAAACGUGAAUCGAGAAAAUUGUUUCAAAAUCUGGAGAAUCGAAAGGGAAUUGAAGUUGUCUACACAGCUACGGCAAGUGGUUGAUGAGUUUGUGGUCGACCAUUUUGAGGUGAUUUAAAAAAAUUUUUUUUUGGCUUAAAAUUUGUUGUUUAGGCUUGAAAAUAGUUUAUAAGCCUACAUUUAGGUAUGUUAGCUUAGUUGUUUAGCCUGAGGUUUAAAUUUUUUAAUUUUUAUAAUAAAGUCUAAAAUUUAUUUUCAAGCUUAAAAUUUUGUUUUAAGCCUAAAAUUUCAUUUUUAAGUUCAAAAUUUAUUUAUAAGCCUAAAUUUCAUUUUUAAGCUUAAAAUUUUAUUUGUAAGCCUAAACUUUAUUUUGAAGUCUAAAAUUUUGUUUUAAGCUUAGAAUUUGUUCUUAAGCGUAAAAUUAAUUUUCAAACUUAAAAUAUAUUUAUAAGCUUCAAAUUUACUUUUUAAGUCUAAAAUUCCAUUUUAGGCCUAAAAUUUUGUUUUAAGCUUAAAUUUUAAUUUUUAAACUUAAAACUUUAUUUUUUAAUCAAAAACUUUAUUUUUAAACUUUAAAUUUUGCUUUUUUAAAUUUUCAUUAACUUCAGGACCUCUACAACUCUCCAGACAUUGGCUACUUGGACUACGAUGGCAUCGAAGCCUUUCUAAAACACGACGAUUUAAAAGUUCGAAACGAAGAUCAAGUGUUGAUCGCCGCCUUGAACUGGCUCCAAUAUGAUAUCUCACAACGCGUCGACAUGACUCACUUCUUACUCCGCUCUAUUCGCUUUACAUACCUGUCAAACCUCGAUGACACAAUCAACAACAUCAAAGAAAUGGAACUCAAGUUUGCGAUCACAGAGUUUGUAGCCAGAAAUCUACCGUGCCCAUCUAGUCAGAAGCCAAUCGAGUUGGAGCGAUAUUAUCCUAGUGGAGUGUUGGUGUGUUUGGGAGGCAGGAAAACGAAGCCGAAUCCUUGUGAAUUCGUGGAGUUAUUUGGGGGAAAAAGCAACAAGUGGAAGUUUCUACAGAGUCUGCCUGUGGCUGGACGACAGGUACGGUAUUUUUCAAUAUAAUAUCAGGGUAGAAAAGGGUAGGGAAAGGUAGAGUAGGAAAGACAAGGUAAGGUAGUGAACUUUUUGAUCAAAAUCUUAUCAAACUUAAAAUUUUAAAGUCAAUUUUUACUAUUUAGGUAGGAGUUACAGUAAUUGGCUGUAAAGUCUACAUGAUUGGAGGUCACGCUGGACGUUAUGGCGACGCCUGCAGCGGUGUUCUCGACGUAAAAACUGGUGAAUACGUCCUCUUACCACCACUACUAGAGCCAUGCCGUGGUAUGGGGGUAACUCAAUUAGACUCCCACUAUGUAUACGCAAUUGGUGGUACAGAUGAGUCAAGAUCUACCAGUUUCUCUCACGUUCAAAGAUACGAUGUGAACACGGGGGAGUGGGAGAUGAUAGCGCCGUUAUUGAAGGCACGUCGCAAUGUGAACGCCAUGGCUGUGGGCAAUAGAGUAUAUGCUAUAGGAGGGUGUACUCAGGAGGAGGAGACUUCGUAUGUGAAUACUGUAGAAUGUUACGAUCCAGAGAAGAAUCAGUGGGAAGAGGCACCGCCCAUGAAUGUGGCUAGAUUCUCGGCGGGGGCGGCGGCCAUUGGGAAUCGAUUGUAUGUGGUUGGAGGGUUCAAUGAUGGGGCAUUGAGGUGAGUUUUGAAAGUUUUGAGGUUUUGGUUCAAAAGUUUUUGGAAAUUUUAUUUUUUUAAAUAUUUGAUUAAAAAUGUUUGAAAUUUUAAUUUUAGGUAAAAAAUUUUAAAAAAAGUUAAAGAUUUGUGAAAAAUUUAAAACUUUUAUACCUAAACUCACAUUAAUUUCAGAGACUGUGAAUACUUUGACACAAUAACCAAAACCUGGCACAAAAUAGCAUCACUUCGUACUGCUCGAGGUGGUGUCGCCGUCGAUGCUAUGGGUGGUCGAUUAUACGCUGUUGGAGGCUAUAAUGGGCAUUACCUUAAGUCGACUGAAGUCUACGAUCCAAUUAAGGACGAAUGGACGGCUGGACCUUGUUUGCACGAUGCUAGAGCGGGCUGUGGAGUUGCUAGAGUACCAUUGGUUGAGGAUGAGGUUACACGGUAUUCUGGAGAGGAGAGCGAGUAA